AAAUGCUAAGGAAGAACAGAUAAAUUACUCGCACCCCGUCAAUGCUAAGUGUCUUGAUUUAAAUGGUGAUUUGGCUACGAUGAUAAUAGAAAAAGAAAGACGAUAUGCGAACUUGAGUCAAGAGAAGCAUAUCUUCAGGAUUUAAAAAAUUCACUUUUUAAACGUGUGGAAGUAGCAGAAUAUCAAAUGAACAAACUUAUUUCCUUAAGAAAUGAAGAAACAGAAGAGGCUCAGAAAGCCAGUAAAAUAUUACGUUCCAGCAUAGCCAAACUAAGAGAACGCUUUAUAAUAGACAAAAAAGAGCUUGAAAACAAGAUAUGUUCCAUUCAAGACACCUACGAAGGUCGAAUCACAGAACUGAAUAACAUAUUAAGACAAUCAGAGAAAAACCGUGAAAAUUUGUUUGCAAAAUUUAAAACAUCGGAAUUCACAAUUCAAAAGUUAAAUAAAGAAAUUGCGAAUGGUAAGAACGAAUUAAAAGACUCAAUGCGUCGCAUUGCUCAUCUUCAACAGAUUAAUUGUGACUUAUCCAAUGAGUUGGCUAAGUCCAAGUUAACUGUCCAAAAAACUUCAGCUCGUGCGGAGAACUUGGCAAAACAAUACAACGAAUUAAGAUGUAAAACUGAACAAGCAAAUGCUAAUUUAACUCAAAAUGAAAAAGCUGUACGAACUGCGUCUGAAAGACGUUCAUCAGCUGAAAAUGCAUUAGUUGCUGCACAUCAGCGAGCUGAUAAUUUAUGUACACGUAAUACACAAUUGGAAAAGGAAUUAACUACUAUUAAAGUUCGUGCUGAAGAACAAGCAAAAGUGAAUGAUACAACAGUGACAAAACUCAAACGUCGUUUACUUGCUAUUCAAAGUGAAGCUUCAAAAUGGAAACGAUCUUAUCAGGAGGAAAAAAAUAAUCGUGAUCUAGAUUCACAAAAAGCAAAUGAAUUAAUUCAAACUAUUCUAGAUGAACGUAAUUAUUUAGAAAAAGAAUUAAAUUCAACAAAGAAUGAUAUGAAAGAACAUGUUUUAUUAAUUGAACAUUUACAAAAACAAGCUGCUUUUGAUGCAUCCAAUGCAUCAACACGUUUAUUAGCUGCUUUGUCAACUGGUGAAGAAGGUGUAGCCACAGCGUUAGAAUUAAAACAAUGCAUUGAGCAACAUUUACAACCAGAAUUAAAAUCUUUAAUAGAAAAAUGUAAACAUUUGGAGUCCGAACUCAUGGAAUCAAAUAGUAAAAAUGAACAAUUACAACAAGAAUUAAACAAAGCCAAUGAAACUAUUGAACAUACAGAAUUAAAUUUAAACAAACAAAAUGAUAAUUUUGUUAAUGAAUUAAAUUUAUUGAAAGAGCAAAUUUCAGAAGCAAAUGAACAAAUAAACAUUAAAUCAAAAUUAUUAGAAAAAUCAGAAAACCAGAUAGAACAAUAUCAAUCAGAAUUGAAUAGUUUACGUAUGUCUAAAACUAAUAUUAAUGAAUCAACGGUAGAAGAAUUAAAAAAUAUGACAAAAGAAUUAAAUGAUUUAAAAUUAACUCAUACAAUUGUACAAAAACAAUUACAUACUAAUCAACGUAUAAUUAACAAAUUAAAAUUAGCUAAAACUACAGCAUUAACUAAUUAUGAUAAAUUAAAAAUUGAAUUAAAUAAUAAAUGUGAUAAUUAUGAAAAACAAUUAAAUGAAAAAUCUAAUGAAAUUCAACGUACACGACAAAAAUUAAAACAAAUUGAAAUGAAAUUACAAGAAGCGAAUAAUAAAUAUGAAAACCUUAUGGAAGAAUCUAACAAUCAGUUAUGUUUCAGUCAAAAUGUCAUCAAACAGCUAGAAAAUACAAUGAUGAAUCAAAAUAAUCAACUUACAAAAAUUAAUGAAAUGGAAUUAAAAAUAACUGAAUUGAAUAGUUUACUAGCAGAAUCUGAAUUACGUUUAAAAUCUGCUAAUACAACACAGGAAUUAAAUGAUCAACGAUAUAAUGAAUUAGAAAUUUGUUUCAAUCAAUUAAAAAUCAAAUUGAAUGAACGUGAAAAUUUGAUUAAAUUUUUGGAAAAUGAAAUUCAAAGUAAAACUAGUUUAUUUGACGAAAAAUCAAAAGAAUAUGAAUUACUUAAAGCAACAGUUGACCAACAACUUGCUAAUUCAAAUAAAACAGUAGAAUUUUCAACUAAUUUACAUAAAGAAAUUGAAAUACAAAAAUCUAAACUGGAAGAACAUAACAGUCGACUUCAACAAGAAUUGUUAGAAGUUCAAAAAAUGAAUCGACAAUUACAAUUAGAUAUUCGGGAUUUAGAGAGCAAGUUAUUGGAACAAAAUCAUGAUCAAACGAAUCAAAUAUCUGCGUAUAAUGAAACCAAAUACCAAUUAAAAGUGCUAACUGAGAAGUUUAAUACUCAAACAAAACUGUUGGAUGAUACAAAAUUAAAUGUUGAUGCAUUGACCAAGGAGAAACAGUUACUUCUUGAACAAAUUGAACUUGAUAAACAAAAACAUAAACAAUUAGAGCAACGACUUCAGAAUGAAUCAAAAUCACAUGAAGAUUUAAAAACUAUUCUUACUAAUCAGAUUUCAGAUUUGAAUACAAAGUUAUAUGACACUGAAAAACUACUGCAUGAAACCGAGAAUCGAUUUUAUUUAGCGGAACAAAAAGCAGAAUUAGCUUGUCAAAAAGCUAAACAGUUAUCUAUUGAAACAGCAGCUGUAAAAAAUCUCCCACAUUUGGCAAAUCAUUCUGUACAUGCUGAUGAACUUAAUGAUAUAAUUUUAGAUUCUCAGUUACAUCAUAAUAAUGGUUUACACUUAGUUGAUAAUCAGAAAAAUGGAUGCAAACCAAUUUUACAUCAACUUCACAGUCGUAAUCCUUCAUCCGUAAAGUUGCUAGUGGAAGACAACACAUUUCCAAAUUCAGGUCUUAGUAACUACAAAUUAUCGGCUUCAAAUCGAUCUUCUAUGAAUUUUACGCCAUCCUCUCUCAUCGAUAAAUUAGGGAACGUAAGGCGAACUGCGGAGAAUUCAUCAGAUCCUGUCGGUGAUUUAGAAACUUUAAUCCGUCAGGUUACAAAUAAAUUAGAUCAACAAGAGAGAAGUUAAUAUACAUCUUAGUUUUAUAUAGUUUAACCAUAUUUACUUUCAUUGAUAUGAUUUAGUGUUAUAAUGAGUACAAUUACUUUAUGAUGAUACUAGUUUACAAAAUGCUUUUGUUACUUUCCAUAACAAAAACGAAACAUUGAAUUACAAUACUAUACAUGUUUCUUAUGAAUCGAAGCAACAAAAUACGAUUGUUCUCUUGAAUACUUUGUGUUCUACUGGGUUGCAAAUAUUUCAGAUGAUAAAAUUAGUUGUAAUUUCCGUGUAUGUAUGAUACAAUAAUUCAUUUGAAUGUAAACGGCUAUUGAAAAAUUUAUUAAUAAUGAAUUCUAGGCAAGUAUAUCUCUAUUCUACUUUACCUUAAUAAUAAUAUUGUUAAUAAUAAGGGUUCUAAACAUAUGUAGUAUUUUGUUUUGAUUAAUGAACCAUACAUGAUUAUUGCUUUAUCGACAACAUAAUGGUGAAAAGUCAGGAAAAUAGCCCUAGAUUUGUGAAUAUUUCUUGACAUUUAGUUUGUAGGAACCAGUAAAUCAGUCUGAUUGUAUAAUUUGUAACUAAAAGAAAACACUGAACGUAGGUUUUGUCAUAAAAUAAUGUUAAGUGGAAAAUUAGUGAAAAUCAUAAAACAUCUUACAGUUGUUUUGUUCUUGUUUCUAGGUCCUUAGCAGUAUUAACUUUUGACACUGCAUGUUUAAGUGGAAACUUAUAUGUCUCACGCGUGCUAUUUUCCAUUUAUAUCAAUGAGUUGAAGUUUUUAACUUCAGAUUGUUUGAGUCAUAAUAAAACUUUUCAUUCAAUAGUGGCAUAACUGAAAUCAGUGUCGCUUUCAAUUCGUUGUACGGGAGUAUUUUGAAAUCAUCUAUUGGCUAAGGGUGUGAGUGAGACAUAAAAAACAUCUUAGGGGUUAUGAGUAUAACUAUUUCGUUCACAGUAAGCGAAUAUAACGUACCCGAUUGUUCUAUCCCAACAGUGGAGUUAGGUAAGAUUGCCCAACCAACUCAACUUCGCCACUGAUGAUAUCCUUCAAGCAGCAGUGGCAGGAGUCGGUAGUGAUGGUCAAGGUCUGUUACUUGGAGAAAGGGAUUCGAUCUUAAGUAUACCGUCAAUGUUAUCUCACCAUUUGAUGAUAAACGUUAUACAGAGAUGAAAUGGAAAUCAGUAUCAACAAGUGCAAUACGCACUUUGCAACUUAUAAAUGUAAAAGACAUGGACAAUAUUAACAGGAGCCUGUACCAAGAGUCACUUCAGCAGACCGUUAGAAACUGUCAAGAACCUUUUGUCGUAAGGAAGUUAGUGCUGCAGUGGCUGGUAAGACCAAUAUUUAGUAAGAACCAGUAUGUCUUGCAUCAACCCGUUAUGAUGUAGGUUCGACUAUGAAACAAAAUACGGUGGAAGCGGUUCUAGUUGACAGUAUUCUAGGACUCUGCUCAAUCAUGGCUGCACUCGUAGGACUGUUGACAUGUAGUAGCAACACUAUGUUAGUUAUGCUUAGAUGUUACGGUGAGUAUCCAAGACUGGUGACGAUAGUUCGGAUGUUACUAUCAACUUGAAACACCGACUUAAGCAUUGAGGACAUGUUUUACAAAUUUCACCUCAGUUGUUUCCAUGUCACUCCAUUUUCCGGUGACUGGAUGGGAUGAGAACUGCAAGAAAGUGGCCUACAUAUGACCUGGGACCUUGAUGAGGAUGUCUCUAUAUGACUGAUACAUCGGAUCAUCAAGACAUCGUGUUUGAGAUAUUAGCGGCAAUACAGCUUUUAUUGCUAUCGAACAUUUUUCAGGAAAAUAAUUGAUGAAGAUCCUCGUUUAGUUUUCUACAUUAUUUACAAAGGUUUCGAUCAGGGAGUUCCAAUUCCCUCAAGAUUAUAGGCAUGCCUUAAUGAAGAGUGCCAAGUAACACGAAAUACGGGUCCAAAGUCUCCUGUUGACUACCUCCAACCACCACCUAAUCUCAACAUAGUGCACGAAAUGUCAAGUCACCUAGACUAGUCGCUACAUUGCAGCUUGGUCGAUAGCAUCCGAUCUACACUAAGAAGGACUUGACACACAUGUAAUUGAUCGCCAUUCAGUGAUGAAUUAGUUUUGGUAUUUAGGCUGUAUUAUUGAAUAAAUUGUACUUACUUUACGUAGUUUGUCUCCCGGUCUUUUUUAGUUCUCCGAAACAUACCUUCACUUGCGUUUUGCAUGGCACUAAACUUAUUAUGAACCAGAGCGUAUUUAUUUUAAAAAUGUAGUGAACCCCAGCAAAUAACUUAUACAAAAUGUGGCAAUACUCAAUUUCGCUAAUAUUAUACAAAAAUUAAAUUACCACAAAAACCGAUGUGACUGUCCGGAAAUAAAUUCUAACAAUAACACAACAUGAAAUAGUAUACUAAAUAACAAAAAACCGAUAACAACUGUUAUGAGAUGAAUGCUACUAGUAAGGUCCUUUUAGGAUAACAACCACGAAAAGGUUUCGCUCGAUUAACAAAGGUUCCUCUGUGCUGUUUGCUCCAACGGUAUGACGCGAAACAUAAGUCUGAUAGCGAUGUUGAAUAGUAAUCUAUGCCUGAAGGGAUGUUAUAACACUAAUUUAAACUUCACUAACAGGCCGGGAUCAAUAUAAGUAGAAGAAUAGAAGACGAAAAUAGGGUUCAUUUGAAUGUCAACGACAGCAUCAGCCAAUUAAUAAUUCUGCCUUCCAGAGUAAGAGUUGAUAUUGUGACAUUUUCCAUCUAAAAGUGUGUUGAUUGGAAAUGUGGGAAUAUCAGAUAGCUUGACGAGAAACCGUUUUCUGAGAAAUUCUGAAAUUAAGAUACUUUUUUGUUAAAACACAAUAACAAACUACUGAGAAGCUUUCUGAUUGUUGUGACACUUUUACGUAGUAUGCAGUUCUGAGGUGAAAGCGUGUUUGAGAAAAAUACAGUUAUUUCGUCCUGGUUGUGACUUGACUGCUUCGUGUAUUUAUUGCAACAAAAACAUGCUUUGUCUAGUUUAACAUGGAUUAUUUCGAUGAAUGUUUGGAAUUUUCAUCGGAUCAUUAUUGUGGUAUCCUUUUUUAGUUGAUCUUAAAGUAGAUUUUAUGUUGUCUGUCUUUGUAGUUUGUUUACAAACACAGGAUUCUUUGGGUUUAUGUCUAGUGUUGUUUGAGUAUAAUUUACUGAUCAGGAGGCGAUCAGUCUUCUUGGUUUGGUCUCUAGGACAGUUGUUGAUAGUUGCACUGGUAGCAUGAGAACUGAAAAUCUCUUCUAAAGCAAACAAAGAGUGGAAUAACACUGCAUAUUGGUGGUCACGAUCCUAAAGUAGUACUUUAAGACCUGGAUUAAACCGUCACCGUCCCAAGUCAUCCAAACGUGUCUGAUCUGAGUUACAGAGAAUGAAUGACCAUGCGGAGACAGUGAAUAGAAUGAAAGAAGUCGCAAACAAUACCCGUUUGGUUGAUAUUUUCUAUGUUAGACAUCCAUUCUGCAUCACAGAAUAUACCGGUAAAUUCCCAAAGUAAGGCUGAACUUAACCCUAGCGUGUCUGUCAGUAAUUUGAUAGAACCCAACGACACUUAUCCGAAGAUCAGACACCCGGGUGAUUUGGUAAGGGUUAAAGCAUUUGUUCGUAGUACCUCACCAGAAUACUCUGUAGCAGUUCAGGUCAAAAAUUUGACAAGAAUAUAUAAGUGCGACGACGAGCAUGAUCGACCCCAACCAUACAUAGCCAGUAUUAUAAACAUCCUCCCCUAUAUUUACAUGUCACAUGAUAACGAGAAUUGUGAAAUCAUUAUCUGAGAACUGACCAUUGAAUUUUGUACAUUUAUAUUGGAUGUCAUCUAUCGUAGUUCAAUCUGUUUAGCUGAUUACUUUAUCUUGGAGUACAUUGGGUUAUGGUGUGAAGAUAACUAAUUCAUGAUAUUAUGAAGUUUUAUUCACCUGAUAUUAUCUGGGCACAGAUAGCCAACGUAAAAUUUAAAGACUCAGAAGUAGGCUCCUAGUGACAGUAAUGGGGUAUGCUUCAGCACCCCAUACAUUUGAAAUCUCUCACUUUCGUCCAAACCAAGGAACACAUUGCUAGACUUAGUAAUCACCCAUGCUAUCGAAAAAAUUGUCUAAACAUUCUCCCACCGUUAGCGAAUAGCGGUGACAGAGUUUUGUCAUUCAUGUUAAGAGUUCGAUCAGGCUGAAACUCAUCAAAUCGUGCGGAAGGAAAAAUUAUUAACUAUUCAAAAGUGCGCUGUGACGACAGAGUGGUCAAAAAACCAGCUUAUCAGUUGAAGAGUCAUGGCGUAUAUUUAUAGGAACACUUAUCUUAGUUAUAUCGUUUAAUAUGACAUGCGUAGUAAAACGCAGACCAACUAACCAUCCGUCAUGAGUAUAUAAAGCGGUGAAGAAACAAAUC